AGUUAGCAAGGGCCAGAAGAAGGCGAUUGCAAGUCAGCGCAAAUUGCUACUAGUUAUGGAUCAGAAUAACACUGGAAGCAACAACGGGAAUCAAGGACAAGGCGGACAGUGGAAUGGAGGAGCACCAGGGUGGAAUGGAGGAGCACCAGGGUGGAAUGGAGGAGGGGGAGGUGGAGGUAACGGAGGGAACUGGGGUCCACCACCAGGAUGGGGGAACUACGGCGGAUACCAGGGAGGAGGAGGGAACGGCGGCUGGAACGAGGGAGGAUGGGGGAAUGGCCAAAGGCAAACAGUGAGAUGCUUCAACUGUGGCCAGUCCGGGCACUACGCACGUGAAUGCCCGAUGCGUAGGCAAGGAGGAGGGUUCUACCAAGGAGGAGGGGGAGAAGGAGGAGGAGGAGGAGGGUUCGGAAUGGGAAAUGCUCUCGGAGGCCGUCCCUCGAACGGUGUAAGGGCUACCGCACCGGCGGUACAGGCUGCGACACCUACCGUUGCUCUUAGUAAAGAGCUGGAAGAAUCCUUCGGAGCCAUGACAACGUUUUUUAAGUUAUCGCUAGACGAGAAGAACAAAGUUGAAGCAGCUAAAAAGGAGGAGGAAGAUCGGAGGAAAGAGGAAGGGGCGCGGCGGAAACAACUUGAGUUGGAGAAAAUUGAGAAGGAGGAUGCGAAGCGCAUCGAACAAGAGAAGAAGCAGGACAAAGCAAAGAAGGAGGUUGAUAGAUUGUGGGACAUCCGGAAGAUGUUCGGGGAACAACGAGUAUUUCUACGCAAAGAAGUUAAGAAGGCGGUCAACGAGGAGAUCACGGAUAUGGUUAAAAGCGGAGGGAAGAAGCUUACCGGGGAUGAUGACGAAUGGGAGGAAUGGCCAGAAGACGAGGAGGAGGAUCACGAGGCGGAGGAGGAGGAUCAUAUGAACCGAAGAAGGAAACGAGCCCCGACCCAACAAGGUGGCACUGAGUCUAGCCCUCCGGUGGAGACACCUCCUAAGUCGGCCAGAGGUGGUACGUCUAGACAGCCUGUGUUUGCGGUUGUAUCUCCUGUAGAACCAGAGAGGAAAACGAGGGGCAGACCGAAGAGAAAGGAGACGCAGUCACUGAUCUUGGAUCCUUGGGCAGGUGCCUUUUGCUCAGUUGACUUCAAUAGUAAGAUCAGUUACAAAGUGGCUAUCGUCAGAUACUUGGGAAAUAAGGUGUGUCCAGAGUUAAAAAUGAUGUAUAGGAAGGAAGGGAUCGAAUGGAGAGCAAGGAAGGAUGAGGCGGUGGAGGAACUUGCGGAGCUUCGUGUGAUGCAGAGCGUUUUCGAGGUUGCAUCUGUGCCAGGGGGAAGGGUGCCACGUGUCUCCGAGCCCGAGAUUAGGGUCGCGAUUGUGGCCGACCAUAAGGAACGGGCAGGGGGGGUUGAGUAGAGAAGAUGCUUGGGUGUUCUUGAAUGAAAUCAGCCGGAUUAG